AUCACAGCCGCUUCAGUCUUCAUCGAACUUAUAUUAUCCAAUCCUAGCUUCCUGGGACGUUCCGGAUUGCAUUUGCAAUAAUAUGAUAAGCUCUCGAUUGUAUGCAGACCCUUUUCGUACUCUUUCAGGUACAGCACUGUGGUAUAAUAACUGGAUUAGGAGGACCCUCUGUUUAGAAAACGAGCGAACGCUGCAUCAGCAUGUAACAGUACAGCGCUCAGGUAUUUCUCAACGCGAAUGCAAUGAAGAUGCUGCUCACUUCACUUGGCCACAUUGCCGGGCUGCCAGAGCCCGGAGUGCAUUGCACAACACUGCAGAGAUGAGCUGCGCUGCUUGGCGGGUCCUCGCGUUUCGGGUGCGCUUGUAUCUGUGCAGAAGGCAGGGGGCGAGCACUGCUUUUUUAAUUGUCAGUGCUGUUGAUGCUGCAGAGCAGAACGAGACAAGCAGCUUGUGAAGACGGAGUGAAGGGGGGGCGAAGACAGUGUGCUCAAGGACAGUCGUGACUGGAUUGUUAUUGUAUCGCACUUUUAUAUAGAGGCUAUCCGAGGUGAAGCAGCGCGAUUUACAUGUGGGAGUGAGACAUUAACACAAGAGGCGCGUUGCAAACACGAAAUUGACAAGUACAAUAGUUUGCCGCAGCCCUGUGUUCCUCUGCACCGCACACACCCUGCGAGGGUGUUUAUUUGUGUAUUUAUUGAAUCGUUGAUCUAUUCAUUUAUCCUGUGCCGCGGGCAAUGGCGUGUGGAUGUUGCUUCUCACCGUGGCUCAUAAUCUGCAACAGACCUUCUGCAAUGUUGCGGGUUUACCUUUCAUUCUCCUUCUCUGCCGUCCUUGACCUUGUCGGAUCUCCUCUUUGCAGCCCCUCCUCGCCCGCCGUGAUGGGAGCACCUUAAGCGGGUAUCCCGUCCUCCUUGGCUCCUGACCAGCGGCGGAGGCGGAGGCUGCAGUUGCUUCUUGGGAGGGGAGAGGAGCCUGGAUAGGAGAGCGGGGGAGCGGGAGGUUGUCUCGUAUCCACCGAGCUGCUCUGCAAUGACCCAGGAAGCAGCAUGCUCUCUCCCGAGUUGGAAACCGAAACUGCGGCAGAAGACACGGCCCCCAGCACCCCGAAUGGAGAGGAGGAUAUCCCGGCUGGCACUGAUGUGCUGGAGGAGCAGCGGCCGGUGAAGCAGUCCCUGGGUGCCUCCAUGUGUCGGGAGGCUCACUGGCGGUGCCUGCUGCUGUCCCUGCUCCUGUACAGCUGCCUGGGCACAGUGGCAUGGUGCCAGAUCACCGGACUGGGCUUCUCCUCCUCCUCCACAAGCUCCUCCACGCAGCGCCCCCCUUCCCUGGGGUCCCUGCCCAUGCGAGGGGGCAGCUCGGGCAUGCCGGAGCGGAUCAGGCCCUACGACAGCAGGCCCUGCGGGGAGGGCUACGUGUACAUCCCGCUGACAUGCAUGCUCAUUCUGUACGCUGUGUACCUGGCGGAGUGCUGGCACUGGCGGCUGCGCUGCGGGCUCCAGUGCAGGGCGGACGUGGAGAGCGUGUACGACAGGGUGCUGCGCAUGCGGCAGGCGCGGCCCUGCGUCUGGUGGAAGGCCAUCAGCUACCACUUUGUGCGCCGGACAAGGCAGGUGACCCACUACCGCAACGGGGAGACCUACACCACCAUGCAGGUCUACCACGAGCGGGUCAACACCAACGUGGCCGAGGGGGAGUUCGACUACAGCCACUGCGGAGGGGUGCGGGACCUGUCCCGGGACCUGCGGGGGCUCGAUGAGCACACAGUGACCAGGCUGCGCUUCACCAAGUGCUUCAGCUUCGCGGGGGCCAGGGCGGAGAGCGCCUAUCUGAGCCAGCGCCAUCGCUUCUUCACCCAGACCGAGGGGCUGGACGAGUACAUGGAGGCGCGGGAGGGCAUGCAGCUGAAGAACGUGGACUUUAAGGAACAGCUCAUGGCUUACGUGGACCUCGACCGGCCCCCCUGGUACGCCUCCCCUGCUGCCUUCUGGCUGGCCACCCUCCUCCUCCUGUCCUGGCCCCUGCGCGUGCUCGCGGAGUACCGCACCGCCUUCGUGCACUACCGCGUGGAGAAGCUCUUCGGGCUGGAGUAUGAAGAGGGCUCCCCCUCACCCGAGGACCAGGAGGAGCUGCGGCUGGAUGGGGGAGUGGAGCGGAGUCGACUCCCCCGGGCGGAGACAGUCGACAGCACGGAGCUGGAGUGGCAUAUCUGCUCCAACCGGCAGCUCGUCCCCAGCUACUCCGAGGCCAUGCUGAUGGACCUGGCUGGCUCCCAGAACGGCUUCCUGAGAGGAAGCUUCCCGGGCCGCAGCUACGGGACUCUGGUGCAGGACUGCGAGAGCUGCUUGCGGGAGGGAGGCGGGAGGCAGUGUGGUGGCGCCGGGAGCUCCAGCUGCUCCUCCAUCUUCUCCCGGCACAGCCUCAGCUCGCGGCUCUCGCAAGACACGGCGCGGUUCUCGCUGUGCCGCAUGCACGGCUCGAGGCGCACGAUGGGGCUGUGGAGGAGCCGCAGCAGCACGCUGACGGCCGAGCGCUGCUGCCUGGACGAGGCCUCCUGCUGCCGCUCCUACUCCAGCCAGCUGGCCCUCAACGACAGCCCCCCCACCUACAGGGAUGCGCACUUCUUCCCUGUGCUCAUCGUGCACUGCCCCGAGGGGGGCUCCGGGGAGGGGCGCAGAUACUACAUCCGCAGGGGGUCCUGCUGCCUCGAGACUGCCCUCUGACCCCCGAGCCCCUCCUCCCUGUACCGCUGGAGGGUACACCUCAACUGGUACAGCAGGAGUUCAUUUCAGAGACCUUCGCCUCUCUCCCUCUCGACCUUCCUGAAAGACUAGAGGCACGUUCAGAAUCAUUCAGAAUGAAGUGGCUCUUCAUUGCUGACCUGCACUGUAUUGUAAAGGGCAAUUGGACAGAGAUUUAACCAGGAGACCACUGGACAUUUACACAGGGUACAAUUGAACAGACAUCUCUAAUUAGGAGAUAGUUUAGAUCAUAUAUAGAUAUCUGCCACCUGAGUUACUUGGUUAAAGGGACAGAGAGAGUCUGCCAGGGGACUUGUCUUUGAGACCCCCCCCCCACUCAUAUCCCUCCAAUCCUCAGCGCCCCUCAGCGCCCUGCCUGCCCUCCUCAUUCCUUAUCAGUGGGCAUUCAUUCCAAACCAGCUCUUCAAAGGAGCGCCUGGAUAGAGAUCCUGUCCCAAGAGGAGCCUGGCAGGCAGGCUGUGACUUUGGGAUGAUCCUUUGGUAUAGCAAUACUUAACUCUAAUCACCUGCAUGUAAGAAUUCAGCUUGCAUUGAGAUUGACAUUGAGAUUCCCAUUCAAACAGAACUGCAGUCGUAUCAGAGGACUGCAGGGCUUUCCAAGAAAGACAAAUGCAACGUGUUUAAUUGUCUGACUUGAAGAGCAGCUUGAGGGGGGUGGUGUGAAGAAUCACAGGUAAAUGACAGGACCUUGCCUCUUGAAGCUCCUUAUUAAUCCUGCCCUGUAAAAUCAAUGACUAUGAAAAUGACUUUUAGCAUGAGGCAAGGCCAGUAAUUUAAAGGAAGGUAGCGUGAAAUGACACAGCCUUUGUUUAUGAUGGGGGAGGGCACAGGGUGGAGACAGCUGACCUGUACUUCCAGAUUGCAUUCCCAAUGGCAGUGACUGUUACAAGUGAACCCAAUAAACUCUCUGGAACAACUGGAGUCUUUCUUUCUUUCUUUCUUUCUUUCUUUCUUUCUUUCUUUCUUUCUGUCAUAGACCAAUACAGCAUUGCUGGCUGUUCAACCCUUACUCCUGUUAGCUGUAUAAUAUAAUAUUAUUUUGACCUAUUCUUCAGUUUUAUUUUUACUUUAAUUUAGAACAUUACAAAUAUUUAAAACCUUCAAAUAUUCAAAACACAGGAAAAAAAACAUUUAAAUCCUGAUGCUGCAGUGUCAUAUCCUCAUGUAUUUAAAUCCUGAUGCUGCAGUGUCAUAUCCUCAUGUAUUUAAAUCCUGAUGCUGCAGUGUCAUAUCCUCAUGUAUUUAAAUCCUGAUGCUGCAGUGUCAUAUCCUUGUGUAUUUAAAUCGUGAUGCUGCAGUGUCAUAUCCUCAUGUAUUUAAAUCCUGAUGCUGCAGUGUCAUAUCCUCAUGUAUUUAAAUCCUGAUGCUGCAGUG